GUAAAUCAAAAGUGUGGAUUAUUCUUCCAUUCCUUUUUGCUUGAACUCGUGCGGAAUAUCUGGCUUAUCCUUUCUUAUGCCGACUAUGGUCAAAUUGUGAUCUUUUAGGAGUUCUUGUGCGAAAGGAAUGCUGAUGAACCAAUUGUCCAUUGUUACAUUACUCCCUGUCCCAUCGGGCCUAUAUCGAUAAGUUCUAUCAUUCAUUUCACAAGUGCUUUUGUAGAAGUAUCUUGAUGGUAGGGACCUUAUGGCUGCUUUCCGACGCAAAUUUCGAGUUUUUUUUUGUAUAAAAUGAAACAGUAUCUACCAAUGAAAAACUUUGAACCCGUAUUUUGCUGGCUUAUUUGGUAUAUAUUGGCGGAAUCUACACGCUCUAAAAGCUAACAACAUUUCAUCAAGUGUGUGACAUAUUAAUUGGGUUUGUAAUAUUUGUUGCAAUUGUCGACAAACUUUACAAACCCCAUGAAUUUCCCUUAUUAGGGCUAAUUUAUGGACUUCGUUUCGUUGUUGAGGACUGUGAAUGUUAUCAAACCGUAACAUUUAUAGCAAUAACUGAUAUCGCUGCUUAGCCAUAAUAGUACGAAUUAUUUCUAUACCAGUGCCGUCACUCGCACAAAUAUCAUCAAUUGACGUGUGUGAUGACUGUGUAUGGUUUAAAGAACUUUAUUCUCAUUAAGAAUACAGAAUUCACUUACAUGAGAAAUUUAACUAUAUUAUCAAUAGGUAUCUUAACCGUACUGCGAUUUUAUACCAAAGACAUAGUGAGUAGAAAUGAAAUCAAAUAACUGCGUAAACAUUAUGAUCAAGACGUGCACUCAAAUGAUUCAUGUAAUCCAAUUAGUUAUUCAACUCUAAUCAACGCUUUUAGCUUAGACAGACUGGCCAGCUCAUAUUCACAUCAUUUAUAACUAUUACAGGAACACACGCAAUGAAUUACACUAAUAAAAGCUAUCAAUUAAUGUUUUAUAAUAUGCAUUAUUUUUGCUAAAAUUGAAAAAAUGACAGCAAACUUUCACAGAUAACAUAUCGACAUAAGAUUUUUGACGUUUGGCUAUAGAGAUGGUACAUUUAGAAUGAAAUAUCAAGAAUGGAAACUCAACUUUUAUUUUGUUUUGGGCUUGGCACCGACUUCAAACCUAUUAAAAGGUACCACAUACAAAUAAUAGUAAUUUAUUUAUUAAGGAAACAAACAGAUACAUCAUUAUAGUACAAAAUUGACUUAAAUAAAUAAACAAAUUACAAUAUUGGAUAUAUCCUAGAAUAGUUUCACCGAGAGCACAAAAAAAUACAAUUUUACAGACAUGACAACAGAAUGAUAAGUAAACAAUAGAAUAUUUAGGCGAAUACACAGUAUUAUAUAAAUCAAGACACAGACAGGGAUAUUGGAAAUUACGUUUUCCAACUUUGCCCUAGAGUCAUCAUCAAUAUCGUACUUCUCCUUCAGCAUGUCGAGAAUGUCACUCAGCCCGGCAGUCGACUUCUUUAUUAUCUUGGAUAUAUGGUUGUUCCUUAGUAAGAACAUCAUGAUCAAGAACUCGAGAUCUUUAGCCAGUCCUUCCUGAUUAGAGAAGCAGUCCUGAUCUCUAGAACUGUUGGUGGGCCUGAAUUCAUCAUUCACCCUUGUCAGGUCGCACACCAUCUUCUCCUUUAUGCGAGCCAUGUCUCUAUCUCAACUCUGUCUAUUUCGUACCAGCUGCCGCAUGAUUACACGGGGGUCAAAUCUCUGGUAUUCCAACACAGUCCUGAGAAGGCUCAAGAAUGCAGUGUCCGGAUUGACUAAUGAUUCAAACUCAUUCCUGUCAAGAACCUCUCGCACCUCUGAGUCCUCCUGGAAGUACUUCAAGACAUCUGACAAAACCCAUUGAUCACUCAUGGUUGGAGUUAUGUGCAGCAGCCUUUUUACAGUAUUCUUAAACUUCCCUAUUUCUACUAGAAUUGAGUUAAUAAUGUUAAGCCCGACAAUGUGUGGUGGUAGCUUCUCCUCCUUACCUCGCAGUAAAGACUUAACAGCAACUGUCAAUCGACGAAGGUGAAGUGUGUCCUGAAAUAGCAAAAAGGGUUAAAACUGAUUUCUAUGUAGAUGAUUUGCUAACAGGCUGUGAAACAGUAGAAGAAAGAAUAAGAACUUACACAGAAAUGAACAAGUUGCUUAAGAAAGGACAAUUUGAACUACAGAAAUGGGUGACAAACAACGAGGAGUUGGCUUAAGUAGUAGAGGAUAGAAAAGGAAAUCAGAAAGAGAACAUAGAUAUAAAGAUAGAUGAAGUAGUGAAGAUAUUAGGGCUCUCCUGGGACAAGGAAUCAGAUUCCUUCCAUUAUUCUGUUCAACACAGACAGGGAUAUAAUAAUUCCAAAUUAAUCAAUUAAUUUUAUCAAAUGGUCAAAAUGAGUGCCAUUCUAUUGAAUACAAAGUUGCACUCUUUUGGUAAUUUCACUUCCUGUCGCUUUUUGAUCAUGUUAUGGUGUAUAUUUAGAAUAAUAUGUCAAGUUCUGUUUGUAGCUCCUGGACAGUUUCAUACCGGUUCUUAUAAACUAAAUUUACUAACCGCGUAUAAGGCUGCCAGUCCACCAGAGCGGAGCGAGGCAGCGGAGCCGAGAAACGGACUAAUGCGGAGUGGAGUUGCGUACUGUGACUGUCCACCGGAGCGGAGCGAGGCUGCGGAGCGGAGUGAGGAAGUAAUGCGGAGCGGAGUUGCUGUGUUUUUCAAUAUGCGGAGCUAGGCAGCAAGUACGCGACGAGUGAUUUCGAGCUCCCGGCGUGGGGCGAUUGGUUUAAUUCUACGCGAAAUGUCAGUGAUAGCAGACAUGCCAUCGAAAAAGUUGAUACAUUAUUACCUUACAUUGCUUGAGGAAGAAGCGUUGGAGUCAGAAGAAGCCGAAAUACUUACCAUAUACCAUUUGAACAAUUCUAUGAGGAAACAUAGAUUUUGGUUAAGAAAUCAUAUCAAACAUCGUUCAGAACACAGUGAAUAUUUUACUUUUUUCCAAACAGCUGAUGAAGAAACUUUCGAAAAUUCUUAUAGAGUUUCAAGAUGUACUUUUUAUGAACUUCACUCCCUGAUUGAACCAUAUAUUCGGAAACAAGACACAAAUUACAGAAAUUCAAUUAGUAGCCGUGAAAGAUUAGCGGUGUGUUUAAAGUAUUUAGCAACCGGCCAGUCAUUUACAACGAUGGGAGAGAAUUUUAGAAUUGGAUUGAAAAGUGUAUCAAGAAUUGUUGAGGAGGUUUGUGAUGCUUUAUGGAAUAUAUUGCAACCUCUUGUCAUGUCACAACCAACAGAAAACGACUGGAAAGAAAUCGCAAAAGAUUUUGAUGAACUAUGGCAAUUUAAAAAUUGUAUAGGUGCUCUUGAUGGCAAGCACGUAUAUAUCAAGGCUCCCUCGAAAACCGGGUCCUCGUUUUUCAACUACAAAAAGAGAUUUUCUGUAGUAUUGAUGUGUUUAGCUGAUGCCAAAAGGAAAAUCAUAAUGGCUGAUGUGGGAUCUAUGGGAAGAUUUUCUGAUGCAGGAAUUUUUGAUAACAGCAUUUUCGGAAAGAGUCUAAAAGAAAAGAGAUUGAAUUUACCUCAGCCGGUACCAUUUUAUCAAGGUGGAGCAAAAAUGCCGUUCGUAUUUAUAGGAGACGAAGCUUUUCCAUUAAUGGAAAAUUUUAUGAGGCCUUACCCACGUGAUGGACUUAACGCAGAAAAAAAAUUUUUAAUUACCGAUUAUCAAGAGCACGUCGUAUUGUUGAGGCAACUUUCGGUGUAUUGACGAGAAAGUGGUACGUGUAUCAUAAAGAUUUUGAAUGCAAAAUAGAAACAGUUGACAAGGUAAUAAAAGCAACAUGUGUUUUGCACAAUUAUUUAAUUCAAAGACAACCUAAUUAUAUAAACAAUAUUGAAAAUAACAUGGAGCAAUCAUUAUUAUCAGUUGGUGAUAUUAUAGAAACACAACAUUCUAGUAACGAUGGUUAUCAAGUUCGUGAAAUGUAUUGUUCAUACUUUAAUAAUCAGGGGAAGGUACCAUGGCAAGAUACUCGAAUUUUGAAAAGAAUCUAUAAUAGUCAGUGAUGUGAGACAGAUAUAGAUAAUUUGGCCAGCUGCGGACAUUAUUUAACUAUUUAGGCUAUUACAUUAUAUAGGCUAUUUUGUUAAAUAAAAAAAAAGAUAUCAAUAUGUACCUACUAGAAGGUAUUAUAGAAUAAAGAUACAUAUUAUUUACCAUCCGA